AUGGGAGUCGCCGCGGUUGGAAUACCUCCUCCCUUAGCAGCUGUUGCUCCGACAGUUCCACCAACGGCGUUGGGCGCAGUUGCAGCUGUUGUAACAACGUCUACAACUCCAACGACCACAACACCGUCUGAAAACCCGGCGUAUGUGCGAGAGAAGCCUCCCGUUACCACUGUGUUCGUCGGCAAUAUUUCUGAUCGAGCUUCUGAUCAGCUAAUGAAAGCUUUACUGAUGCGCUGCGGGAAUAUGCUCACUUGGAAGCGCGUGCAGGGCGCCUCUGGAAAACUCCAGGCUUUUGGAUUUUGUGAAUAUGAAGAUCCGGAAUCAACCAUGCGCUGCGUCCGUUUAUUGAACGGGUUCCCGUUGGGCGAGAAGAAACUCCUGGUUGAUCCAAAGACAGAAGACUUAUUAGCGGAGUAUCGGAAAAAGAAGGAAAAGACAGGUGAAGAAGGCACGUUGGGCGCUACCGCGGAUGAGGUAGACUCCUCAACACAACGCGACGACGAUGGGGUAAAAGCCGCUUUAGAGGCGAUAGUUAAAGAGAACGAAUCACUACUGGACGGAAGUGACUAUGGAAGACAUGGACUUGGACGACGAGAGAAAGGACCUGAUCAACCGUGA